UCCGGGAACACAUAGGCCACGUGAGGGGAGGAACCACUGCCUGGAACUUUGAUCCGCGCUGGCACUGCUGGGUUCAUACUGAUCACAGACCACACCAGACCCUUCCGCUCCACCGGAAGAGCCAGGGCGGCCGGUGUGCACCUGCUCAGCCCCUCACGGAGAUGCUGCCCAGAGCCUGGCUACCCUGGGCCUGCCUCCUGCUCCUGGCCAGGCACGCCCAGCCCUGCCCGGAAGGGUGUGACUGCUUCAUCGGGGAGGUGUUCUGCUCCGAUGAGGGGCUGGCUGCCAUCCCGCCAGACCUCCCACCACACGCCACAGACGUCAUCUUCGUAGAGACCUCGUUCGCCACGGUGGGAGCUGGGGCCUUCAGCGGCAGCCCCAACCUGACCAAGGUGGUCUUCCUCAACACGCAGCUCCGCCACUUGGGGCCGGACGCCUUCGGGGGGCUGCCCAGGCUCCAGGACCUGGAGAUCACUGGCAGCGCCUUCUCCAACCUCAGCACCGACACCUUCUCCAACCUGACCUCGCUGGGCAAGUUCACCCUCAACUUCAACAUGCUGGAGGCCCUGCCGGAUGGCCUCUUCCACCAAAUGGGCGCCCUGGAGUCUCUCCAGCUGCAAGGCAACCGGCUCCAGAGCCUGCCCGGGAGGCUCUUCCGGCCCCUGGCCUGUCUGAAGAUCCUCAACCUUGCUCAGAACCUGCUGGCCCGGCUGCCCGAGGAGCUGUUCGACCCCCUCAGCAGCCUGCAGACCCUGAGGCUCAGCAGCAACGCGCUCUCCAACCUGCCCCAGGGCGUGUUUGACAAACUGGGCUGCCUCCAGGAGCUCUUCCUGGACGGCAACUCCAUCUCCGAGCUGCCACCCACGGUGUUUUUGGGGCUCUUCCGUCUGGAGAAGCUGUGGCUGCAACACAACACCAUCAGGCACCUGCCCGGCUCUGUCUUCUCCUCCCUGGGCCGCCUGACCUUCCUGAACUUGCAGGGGAACGCGCUGCGGACGCUGCCCGCUGGCCUCUUCGCUCACACCCCCGCCCUGGUCAGCCUGUCUCUGUCCUACAACCAACUGGAGGCUGUCGGCGAGGGCACCUUUGCCAACCUGUCCAGCCUCAGUUCCCUCACGCUCUCGCACAACGCCAUCGCCUGUCUCCCCGCCGGCGUCUUCAGAGACCUGGAGGGGCUGGUCAAGCUCUACCUGGGCAGCAACAACCUGACAGCCUUGCACCCAGCCAUCUUCCAGAACCUGUCCAAGCUUGAGCUGCUCAGUCUCUCCAGGAACCUGCUGACCACGCUCCCCGAGGGCAUCUUUGACACCAACUACAACCUGUUCAACCUGGCCCUGCACGGCAAUCCCUGGCAGUGCGACUGCCACCUGGCUUACCUCUUCAGCUGGCUGAACCAGUACAGCGACCGGCUCUUCAACAUCCAGACCUACUGUGCGGGCCCUGCCUACCUGAAGGGCCAGGUGUUGCCCGCCCUAAAGGAGGAACAGCUGGUGUGUCCCGUCACCCGGGAUGGCUUGGGCAUCCAGGCCCCGAGGAUGGAGGACAGGGAGCCCGGGGAAAGCUGGGAUCUGGUAGCGGAGGAGAGGGCAGCCGGGAGCCGGUGCACCUACAGCAACCCCGAGGGCACCGUGGUGCUCGCUUGCGACGAGACCCGGUGUCGCUGGCUGAACAUCCAGCUGUCCCCGAGGCAGGGGUCGGGCUCCCCGGGACUGACCCACAAUGCCAGUCAGGAGUGGGACCUGAGGUCAAGCUGCGGCUCCGUGAGGCUCACUGUGUCUAUUGAGGCUCGGCCCGGGGGAGACUAAGUAUAGGGUCACCGAGCCGGGAGCCUGCAUGGAUGACCCCCGGGGACUGACCAGGCGGGAGGUGGGGGCGGAGGGGGAGCUGGUGCUUUGCUUUUUCAGAGGGACGGAGCUACAUCUCCAAGGGAGAGGAGGCCACGCGGCCAGCUCCACCAGCCAGGGUCCCCUCGUCCUCCUCCUCCUAUUCCAUGAUUACCACCCCAGCUCAGAGGCUGAGCGACCUACCGAGACCUGCCUCGGCCUUCCUCAAGCUUUGCAAAGCAGCCGUUAAAGCUGCACCACGGUCUGGAGAAUAAAAGAACAUUCUCCCUGGUGUUUCUUGAUCCUCUAAUACCCAUCUCACUCUCAUCCUGCCCUGAGGUUCCAGAACCUCCAGUCCAUGUCCACAGCACAGAAGCUACCCUCUUUGGACAUCCAGAUGUCCCAAGGCCAGAUGUCCCUUUCCAUCUCUCUCCCUGGAAAUUUGUUUUUCAUUGACACUGAGGAAAACAAAGGAGGUGAUAGAAGCGGGAGUGACCGGAAGGUUUAGGGGCAGAAGUGUGACUGCUGUGCGGGGCACUUGUGUCAUUAGGGGCCACCUCUGGCAGCAUGGCCGGGAGAAACCAGGAUGAAUGGUGCCUCAGGAGAGCAGACACGAGCUGUCUGGCUCUCCCCACACCAAGCCCGCUGCCCCUCACAUCCAACAGACGACGGGGCUGCUCCUUGAGGAGGAAGGGAGGAGGGGGCAUGAACUGGGUGGCCUGGCACGGAGGUGCUUAGGUUCUUAGCUUUCUGAUGGCAUCUGACGCCGUGGGCCACUUGCUCACUGCAGUGCUUCUCUGGUUUGCUUAUAGCCCUGGCCACUCUUCAGCCCCCUGGCCACCUCUUCCAUGCUGCUGCCCUGAUGGUCAACCUCCCUGAGGAAUCUCAUGCAUGUCCCUGGGGUCCGAUGCAUGAUGACCCAAAUCUUCAUCCCAGGCUCCCGUCCUUCUGGCCCCCUGACGAGAUAUCAUACUUCCCAUGUAUAAUCAUGCAGCUGCAAACACGUGUAGACCAAACCCCUGUCCCCAGCUCUUCCCGGAUUCCCAUGGAACAGAUUGCCAAGGCCAGGGGCCGAGCGUGUUCUCCAGUGUCUGCUCGGCCUUGAUGUCCACAGCCUACCAGUUGGUGGAUGCCCAUGAAUACCCCUCUCGCCAUUUCUCCCUCCCCCAUUCCCAGCCCAGGGAACCACAGUGCAGUGUCUUACCUGGUUCUCUGUGUGUAGUGCGGAUGGGUCUGAGAGAACCUCUCGGUGGGGGAGGGAGAAAUGAAUCUGACUUAUGGCAGGCCCUCCAGGAACUCACUUGAGGUCUGGUGGGAGAGAUCAGAUGAGGGGGCAUAUGAGUGGAGUGACUCCCAGCUUUCUCUCCUGGGUGGCGGGGAGGACAGCGAAACCAUUAACCAAGGACAGGAACAGAUUUGGGGGACGGGAAGAGCAAGAGGUCAGUUGCAGACAAGGAAGUGGAAUUCCUCCUUCAUGUCCAGGGAUGCCCUUUUAAAAAAACGUGCUUCUGGGGCGCCUGGGUGGCGCAGUCGGUUGAGCGUCCGACUUCAGCCAGGUCACGAUCUCGCGGUCCGGGAGUUCGAGCCCCGCGUCAGGCUCUGGGUUGAUGGCUCAGAGCCUGGAGCCUGCUUCCGAUUCUGUGUCUCCCUCUCUCUCUGCCCCUCCCCCGUUCAUGCUCUGUCUCUCUCUCUCUCAAAAAUAAAUAAAUGUUAAAAAAAAAUUAAAAAAAAAAACGUGCUUCCUGGGGCACCUGGGUGUCUCCGUCGGUUAAGCAUCCAACUCUGGAUUUCGGUUCUGGUCAUGAUCUCGCAGUUUGUGGGAUCGAGUCCUGCAUCGGGCUCUGUGCUGACAGUGCAGAGCUUGCUUGGGAUUCUUUCUCUCUCUCUCUCUCUCUCUGCCCCUUCUCAGGGGCUUCUCAUGCUUUCUCUCUUUCAACACAAAUAAACUUAAAAAAAAUUAAAUUAAAAAACCCCCACACUUCCUGAGGCUCAGAUCAAAAUCACAAUAGAUUCUAAGGUGAUGGAAGAUAGAGUUCAGCAGAUUUGCCAGAGGAACAGACUCUCUCCCAAAUUUACCGGUUUCAGUUCCCAGAAGCAUUUGGUUUCCUAAUCUCAAUCGGUCCUCCAAGGCUGGGAACCCUGCCAUCCCAGAAAGGCUGAAGCCCUGGGUGUCUGAGAGCCGGGUAACACCAGCCCCAGGCUGCUGGCACAGCCCAGGCUGGAGGCCUGGCUGCCUUAGGCUGCUGGCGGCCAUCAGGGGGUGACACUAUUUGGGUAAAGCAUCGUCACACCUAGCCUAUCUGGUGCUUCACGAACCUCCAUCCAAUGAAUGAGCUACAGCCCAGGGUCCAAACUGUCGUGCGUCGAUGGCCAGGGAUAAAGGAACAAAAUAAUCAAGCGGACAUUUCUCUUAAUUAUAUUUUCCCCCAAACUAGAACUCUUUAUUCAAUUAAAGUAUAAUCACUUCUGUC